CGAAAGAUUAAAACUAGGGUUUCAAGUUUCAACUAUACUUAAAAUUUGUUUCCUGUAAGUCUGUAACUAACUGCAAGGCCGUAGCCAUGGCCAAGAACAGGAACAGAAGCAAGAAAAACGCUCCAACUGCCAUGAACACCGAUGACUUUAUUUCUGUUUCGCCUCAAGUUACAGCCAUGGACACAUCAGAGUCUGUUGCCCCUUCCCGAUCUCAAAAUAUUAACAGAAAGGUGAAGAAGGGAGUACAAAUGAAGCGAACAAAAAAUGUUAGAAAGCUAAAAGCCAUAGCAAAAGCUGUCUCUCAAAACGAAAAGUCUGCAACAAAGGUCGAGAAGAAUGAAAGCAAGACAUUGAGAACUAAGUCCGCAAAAAACCUCUACGACUGACUUGUGAGCUAAACUAGCAGAAAUUUCGGACUAAAGCUGUUUAUAUAGAGUGCAUCAUUUUUGAUUAUGUUUUGUUGGUUCAUAUCAAUGUUCCUCCCUGAUCUAUUUAUUUUGCAAGAUAAUAUCGCUGUAAUGUCAAGGAUAUGAUAUAUUGUCUAUUAGUUACCA